AUGGUAAACGACACUCCAAAAUCGCAAACUAAGUUGCGAAGUGAUAAUGGCAGUACACUCUCAUCAUUGAGAACUACCCAGCUGAAGAACAAUGACCAGCUCACUGGCAGAGUAGAAGCUGUCCAAUCUCCACCACAGAAGAAGGUAAAAGGAUUCGACAUAGAAAAAACUCCUGCAUGGACGGAAACCUCAGAGGAAAUCGCGGAGAAUAUGACAAGGCAUGAUAGUAAUCCACCGCAGAAGAGCAGAAAGCAGACGCUCACUGCCCCCCGCAAUGUGACCAAAGAGAACCAAGGAAUUAAUAAUAAGACUCGGACCGUUCACAUGCAACUGAGGUCACAUAAAAAGAAGCAGUUAAAUCAAAAGGGACUGAUGACUGGAAAGAGAGAGACGGAAAUCGGACGACUUCGGAGUACCCGAAGAAAGGAACUUCCUGGGGUGGAAAAGCAGAGCUCGUCUGAGCAAUCGACAGAAACCUCCAGCGCCAGCGUAGACACAGACGCGGCAAAUGCGAAUAUCCUCUGUAUUGACAUAAACGACAGGAGCAGUAUUGCCCCAAACACGAAACCAUUAGCUGCAGAAAAGAUACCUGGAGUGGAUGGCAACCAGAAUGUCAUCAUGAAUGGUUCGCCAGGAACUCCCAAGUCACCAACAUCGCGCAACCAAGACCGGCCGCUCCGAGAACAGUGCCUAGUGAUACAGGGACUUCAGGAGCCUCAAGCCGAUACACCUAAAGAACGCGUAUUAGCUGAUCUCGGCUUGUUCCAAGGUCUUCUAAACACACUGCUUCAACCCGACGAAGAAAUUUCCGUGUUGAAAGCCUUCCGACUCGGAAAGCGCUCCACUGAAUCCGCUAUUCCACCGCAUCCUAGGCCCCUUAAAAUUGUUCUGAGUUGCAAAGAGCAUGUUGAUCUCAUCCUCUCAAGACGUUUUAGGUUAAAAUAUUCCCACCAAGGAGUUUUUUUUCAGCCGGAUUACACACCACCGGAGCGGAUAAAACGCCGACAGUUAGUUCAGGAGCUAAGGCUGCGACAAACGAAUGGCGAACAAGGCCUGGUUAUCUACAACAACUGCAUAAUCGAGCGACCGUCCCGCUUCAUAUGGACACGGCCCGUGCGUAUGUCGCCACAGCCGAGACAAUUGACAAAGGCGGCGUCAUAGCCGGCUUACCAAAGGAGAAAAAGCUAAAAUGCUUGUAUUCCAAUGCGCAAAGUCUGCUAUCUAAAUUAGAUGAGCUUAAAAUCUACGUUGACCAAACCUUACCCGAUGUUAUAUCCAUAACUGAAACGUGGCUGUCCGCGGGCGUAGACGAUCGCGAAGUCGCUUUAUCUGGUUAUCACUUGUUCAGAAAGGACAGGUUGGGACGUCAAGGUGGAGGUGUGCUCGUGUAUGUCAAAUAUGGCCUUUUCGCGUCAGAAAAAGAGGGACAGCUCGCGCGCGCAACUGAAACGAUUUGGCACACCGUCAAAGGGCCGGGGUCACAACCUCUCGAGAUACUGACGGUCUACCGCCCACCGAGGAACGACCCGCAAUCAGACAGUAGUCUACUAGAGGAAUUAGAAGCGAUUUCCCUCCGACCCAAUGUCAUGAUUAUGGGCGACUUUAACGCUCCGAAUAUCGACUGGAAUCUGACUUCUGCCCCGGGCUCAGAAUUUAACUUUGAUCGCCGCCUCCUAAAUUCUGUGCAAAGAUCGCAUCUCACACAACACAUCUUAUCCCCAACCAGACUAUGUGAAGGACAACUAGCUAACUGCCUAGAUCUUGUAUUGACAAAGGCACCGGAAAGCGUUGAUGUUGUAAACUGUCUACCCCCUCUCGGAAAAAGCGACCGUGUAGUCCUACAGUGGGAGUAUUCUCUCUUCUCUGUACCCGAUCAAAGCAUCGUGAUUAGACGCAACAUAUGGCGUGGUGACUUCAACCAAAUGCGUCUCGACAUGCGUCGUAGAGACUGGAAAGCAGCAUUUACGGGGUGUGUCCUCAAGGACUGGCUAGAACUUAAGGCCAUACUGAAUGAACUUAUCACCAGAUACUGCCCUAUGUCGAAAAAGAAAAUCACCAGUAGGCCCCGAUGGCUUAAGGGUUCACUAAAAGUUGAAGUAAACCGUAAGCAAAAGCUGUGGAAAGCAUAUGUUAGGGACAAGACAACUGAAUCAAGAAAUAGGUAUAAGGCUCAGCGGAAUAGGGUAAAGUGCCUUGUUUACAAAGCCCGCCAAGACUUCGAGGGUAACCUUUUAAACUGUGCAGGAGAAAACCCAAAGCUUUUUUUCAACUACAUAAGACAAAGUACUCGCAACAGGGAUCCCAUCCCUAUGCUAAAAACUGAUAAUGGCGUUGAAAUUUACAAGGACGACGAAAAGGCUGAGCAUCUGUCCAGGUUCUUUCAGUCGGUCUUUACGAGAGAAGUCGCUGUACCCACUGAUCACUGUAAUGUGGACACUGUCCCGACAAUUGACUCAGUGGUUCUCACAAAACCUAUUGUUCAACAGGAAUUACUGAAGCUAAAAGAAGGGACUUCGCCCGGUCCUGACGAAAUACCGGCAAAGUUGUUGAAAGAAUUGGCCACAGAAUUGGCAGAACCUCUGAGCGUCCUCUUCCAAGCCUCUCUUGAUGCAGGCAGACUGCCUCCUGAGUGGAAGACUGCGUGGAUUUCACCGAUUCAUAAAAAUGGCAGUCGCGCUUCCGCAAACAACUACCGACCAGUAAGCCUCACCUCCAUAUGCUGCAAAGUUAUGGAGCGAAUAAUCAAACGCGAACUGAUGCGGUUUUUAGAGCAAAAUCAUCUUCUGUGCGAUGCUCAGCACGGUUUCCGCAGAGGGAGGUCCUGAUUAACCAAUCUACUCUACUGUCUUGAACAGUGGACCCGAGCGAUUGAUGAAGGAAACGCUUUGCAUGUGGCCUACAUAGACUUCUAGAAGGCAUUUGACAGCGUGCCACACCAACGUCUCCUACACAAGCUCAGCCACAUAGGGGUAAGAGGCAAGCUUUUGAAGUGGAUUGAAAACUUUUUGGUCGGUCGGUCCCAGACUGUUCGUCUUGGUGGCCAGCACUCGACAGAGGUGACGGUUACGAGCGGAGUACCUCAGGGCUCCGUUCUUGGCCCUAUUCUCUUCCUCAUCUAUAUUGAUGACUGUAUCCAUGGAUUGGACUGCAAGAUUGCCAUGUUUGCUGACGAUAUAAAGCUUUGGACCGUCAUCCGCAACGAGGACGAUGAGGCAAAUUUACAGGCAAACUUAAAGCCACUCUAA